CUGCAUCAAUUUUUUGUUUGAAAACUGAUCCAACCGCGAACAGCCGCACCUCGCAGUAUGCCAACAUACGCCACCGCAGGCACAAAGAGCAACUACUCCUCUAUAUUUGGCGCCACUCAAUUACCAACGGUUCAGAAAAAUCCUCAAUUCAAGGUUCAUUAUCUCACCUCUUCAUGUGAUGUAUGCUUCUUUCUCUCUCCUCUCCCCUCCUCUCUCUACCUCAGUUUUCCGGCAACCCCUCGCUGCCGGAAAAUCUGAUCGCGGAGAAGGAGGAGGAGGAGACACCACAACCACAACCUCCGUCAUGAACGACACCGAUCAAUGCAUAUGCAAUGACGAAAACGCCAAAACCCUGGUUCUCGGGGUUCCCCUUGUUUUCAUUGAAAACCAGAAGAAGAAGAAAAUUCCCAAUGAUGAAAACCUAGAAGAGCACGAUCACGAUCAUGAUCAUGAUUAUCAGGAUCAGGAAGAUGGACGGACACAAACCCCUGCUGAAAUCAAGCUCAAGAUCAAGAAAUCGCUGCUGGAGUUUCGAUGCAAGGUUGAGGACGCAAUUCUCGGGAACUAUCUGUUAGGGGGGCCUGAUGUGAAUCUCACAAAAGGGGAAUUCGCGGCGGCGAAGGCGAAUCUCAGAGAGAUUACCCUCUGGGGUGUGCCUUUGUUACCCAGCAAGGCACAUGAGGGGACUGACAUUGUGUUAAGGAAGUUUCUGAAGGCGAAGGAUUGCAAGGUGAAUGAGGCCUUUGAGAUGCUGCAGAAGACAUUGAUUUGGAGAUUGAGGAACAAUGUUGAUGGGAUUCUUGAUGAGGAUUUUGAUCCUGAGGUUGAGAAUGUUGGGUUUUUAGAUGGUAGGGAUAGGGAGGGUCGACCGGUUUCGUUCAUGGUUUGUGGGGUUUUAAGAGAUAAGAACUUGUAUAAGAAAGUGUUUGGAACACACCAGAAAUGUGAUAGGUUUUUCAGGUGGAGGAUUCAGUUGAUGGAAAGGGCUGUGAAGAAGCUAGAGUUUAGAGAAGGAGGGGUGGAUUCGAUAAUUCAGAUUUAUGAUUUGAAGAACACGCCGAGCAAAGGAAUGAAGGAGCUUCAUGCUCUUAAUGAAAGAGCUUUGAUGCUGUUUCAGAACUACUACCCUGAGCUCACUCACAAAAAUGUAGUAAUAUAUGCUCCAUUUUGGUUCUACACAUCUCAAGUGUUGUUCUCAAGAAUCAUGAACCAGAGAAAUAAAAAGAAGUUCAUCUUAGCUAGAUCACAAAAGACCACAAAGACACUUCUCAAUUUCGUAACCCCAGAGCUUCUUCCAGCUGAAUAUGGUGGUCUAAAGCGGGACAGUGACAAAGAUUUUUCACCUGCUGACAAGGUUUUAGAGCUUAAAAUCAAACCAAGUUCGGUUUCCGCAGUUGAGUUUCCGAUCAAUGAGCCUGGUGUGACAGUGAUAUGGGAUGUAACUGUGGUGGGAUGGGAUGUGUCCUACAAAGAGGAGUUCAUUCCAGAUGAUGAGUGCUCCUACAAUAUACUAUUGCAAAACCAAAGUAUUGUGGGUGACAGCACUAGGAACUCUUUUUACAUCAGUGAACCUGGGAAGAUAGUGAUAACAGUCGAAAAUGCGACAUUCAAGAAGAAGAAAAUGUACUAUAGAUCAAAAACCAGAACAACGGUUCCAAUGUUCAUCUUGCUAUCAUAACAAAUGAUACUUCUUGGCUUCCGAAUUCGACAUGUCGUGUGUUCUUCAGACUCAAUCAGCUAGAAGAUGUACGCGGGAGAUUUCUGGCAGAAUAGAUCCAUUUUACUUGCUGAUGAAGAUUCACAAGCUAGUUCAUGAUGGCUAGAAUUGAUUUUCUAUGUAUGUAUAUCCACUUGUUUCUAAUGUUUUUAUUUUUUUAUUUGUUUAUAUCUGUGUUUUUUCAACAUGUGAACAUGAAAGCCAUGAAUUAACAGAAUAGAAAAUUAAUUUUA